GAAGAAUUGCAAUAUGAAAAAGGGGGGGGGGGAGCAUGGUGUAUGAGUGGUGAGCACAACUGCCUCUUAGUUUUGAAGUUCUGAGUUUGAAUCUCAUCUCCAGGUUUCCUUCGCGGAGUUUCAUGGUGGUUGCUUGCUACUCAGUUUUACCAGAUUGCAUUAAAAACAUACACAUUGAUGAAAUUGACCCCACGUGGACAUGAUUUGUAAUGAUUCAAGUUUUGAAGAGCUGUCAACUCAAACGAAGACAUUUUUACCACUUUUAGGGACUUUGAGGAUAGGCUGUCACUACAGCGGGGGUGGAUGGCGGAGGGCCAAAGUGUGCUUUUUGGCGAAAGGCCAUUCUGGUGGAUCGGUGAAUCGCACGUGUUUGCCAACAAGUGGCCCAAGGUUCAGCAAUACUCCUCCACUUGUGAAAAUGGCCCGGGGAGCCCAUCAGGUCACGCCAUGGUCACUGCGGCGGUCUGGUGGGUGGUGGCCUCCUCCCUGCGGUCGUACCUGUACCGCCGCAAUUACAGCAUACCAUGUACCUACGCACCCUACCUCCUCUACGGCGCUUUGCUCCUGGUCGUCGGCAUCUCCAGAGUGUUUAUCUUAGCCCACUUCCCUCACCAGGUGGUUACCGGUUCCAUUGCAGGUCUUGUGGUAGGAAUGUACCUGAACAACAGAGUCCCGGAACGGCGCUCGUUCAGCUUCUACGUCGGCCUCACCGCGUCCAUGCUGUUCGGCACGCUGAUGCUGAACGUCGGACUUCGGCAGCUGGGCGUCGACCUCACCUGGUCUUUGGCGCUGGCGAAAAAGUGGUGCAGUCACUCCGACUGGGUUCGUCCCGACGUGGCCCCGUUCACAUCGCUGGCUCGGGAUUGCGGGGCCCUGCUGGGCCUGGGCCUAGGCCAGCACUGGAAGCCCGGUGGCUGGCCGCUGUCCCGGCGGCCUCAGGCCCUGUCACUGGCGCUGUCGUCCGUGGCCCUCUACUGGGUGUGCUGGGCACCGCUGCCGCUGCGACCACCGGCGCUCUAUUACGUGCUGUUUUUUGUCAAGUUCGCCUCGGUGCCGCUGAUUGUGAUGCUUGUGCCCGGACUGGUCCACUUUGUGAUGCGCAAGACCAAGUGGAACUAGACGCUAAGAGAACUUACUCAAGUAUUUCAAUACCAUCUUUUUUUUUUUUUUUUUUUUUUUUUUUGCGGGGAAGGGUUUAAUAAUGUAUUCCAGAAAACAUACCAGUUUUAUUUGGAUCAUGUUGAAAUGUUUCAUUGCACUCUCUACAUGGACAUAAAAUAAUAUACUGUAUACGACUAGCAAAAAGAAAGUUUUUUGUGUGGUCAAGUUCCGCUCUAAAGGUUAUGAUGCAUUUUCGGGUCUCCCCAAACCAUGUAUAGCAUAUUUUUUUGGGAGAAUAAAGUUUUUAUUUCUACACAUCCUGCCAAUGCACAAGACCAAAUCAAAGCGUUCUUGAAUUACCUUUUUAGUGUUUACAAAAUAUUGCCAUUUUCCACCUGUUCAUCAUAAGAUGCAUGAAAACUGCAUCUGCCUGCCAUUUUGAUUUAAUGUGGUACGUUUAAUUUGAGCUGACCUUACUUCAAGCUCAUAAUUUUUUUGUGGUUAAUGGUAGAUGAAAUGUAAAUUAUGAGGAUACCGGGUGCAAAAGUCAUUUGCCGCUACACACUUCCUGUUAAUUGUUGGU